CGUUCUGUCAAAGUGGAGAGCGCACACUCAACCUCCUUGACUCAUCGCAUUCUGGCACGAUUCGAGGCAGGCGGCAAGAGAGGAGAGAGAGAGAGAGAUGGAGACGCUGCACCUGAGCCACCUGCCCGUGGAGCUCAGUGCCGUCCACAUCUGCCAUGUCCGGUCCCUCGGCAACGCUGCGUCCGUCCUCGCUCGCCUCAAGGCCGAGGGCCCCGCUGCGUUUCCGCUCCAGUUUGCCCUCCUGGACGCGAGCAAGGUCACUAGUCGCACCCACCUCGUCGUCGGCAUCCACCAGGCGCUGCUGGCGGCCUCGCGCGGAUCGGCAGCCAUGAAGACGCGCUCGAUCCACUCCGAGAUCCUGUGGGCGCUCAGCCCCUCGACGAACAUUGCAGACUCGUUUCGCCUCUUUGGUCUCUCGAAUAGCACGCAACACCUCAUCGUCGUCCACGUCGCCAAGCCAGAGGAGCACGGCGGGCCCAGCGCGUCCGACGUCCGCCAACAGGUCGCUUCCACCUUUGAGGGCAUCGUGGGCCAAGCAGACGGCAUCAGCAGCGGCAGCGGCGGCGACGUGGACGAGCAAGGCGGGAGCGAAAAGGACUGGAAGGGUAUCGGAAAGACAUACAAGAUUCCGCCGGGCACAGCGUCGCCGCAGGACAUCGACAGCCUGGCGACGAGCAUCGUCGCCAUCAAGAGCCUCACAUAGAUGCAGAGACGACGGCUCCAGCAUGUAAUUGUACAGUACCGUGCCAUCUUGCUUUUCUCUCCCAAUUGUCAUCCGGAGCCGCACAAACAUAGAAGACAAUGGAUGUGAUUCUGAG